CGACAAGUUGCAGGAUCUCCGCCAUCUUUGUCACAUGUCUAUGAUAUUCCUCUCACAUGACCUGUUGUUUGGCCCCGUGAUCAAGCUGAAAUAAUCCUGGUAAAUUCAAAACCGCACAAACGUCCGCAUGGAUAUUCUGGACGAGGCUUUAGAUGGAAGCCAAGGGAAGGAAGACUCUGCUGCUUCAGAUGAAGUCCAGAUAACCCAACCAGAUGAUGACCAGUCUGGAUUGGCUCAAGGGGGACAACUGACUAUUGAUCCAACCAACUUACAGUAUCAGUUUAGAGCUGACACUGGCCAAGGGGCAGUCACGUACAGAGUGGUACAAGUAGCUACCCAGGACGGGACGGAGCACCAGGCACAAGUGGUAUCUACUGGGUUUCCGGCAGGAGCCCAGGCAGUAAUACAGAGUCCAUUCAGUAGUGGCAGCCCCACAGCAGAUGCCCAGCCAGACACAAGGUUUACAUACUUCCCGGCAUCAGUUGCCGGUGGCGCUGGAGAUGUUGUUACUACGCAGGCAGAUGCCGCUGUUGCCCUAGCUGGACAGGGAGGUUUACAAGCAGGAGCCUGGCAACAAGACAGUGCUCAAGGUCAGUUUUAUGUGAUGAUGUCCCCACAAGAUGUUUUACAAGGACAGAGAAAUAUUGCACCAAGAACAAAUUUCCAGCCAAAAAUAGAAGGUGGUCGUACCUCUAGAGAUGACAGGAGACGGGCCACACAUAAUGAAGUUGAGAGAAGACGCAGAGAUAAAAUCAACAACUGGAUAGUUCAGCUGUCAAAGCUAGUACCUGAUUGUACCGCAGAGCAGUCAAAAGCAGGACAACUUGGGAGUAAAGGUGGAAUCCUGUCUAAAGCUUGUGACUAUAUAACUGAUCUGAGACAAGCUAAUGGUAGAUUGAGUGAAACUGUGAAAGAAACUGAAAGACUAAAUGUUGACAACGAAUUGUUGCGGCAACAAAUUGAAGAGCUCAAAAAUGAGAAUAUGUUAUUACGGACUACUUUACAACAGCAUGGAAUCGUUCCGCCAGAUACAGCAGUUGGAAACUCUUGAACCUCUCAAAUAUACAUUCCCAUUUGUUUGUACUGCAUUAAAUUACACUAUACUUCAUAUUUUUUAUAUGAGGGUUGUCAUGAUAAAAGGGACCAUUUAGUUGAAUUUUAUAAGUGGAAAAGUUUGUGAUUUGGAAAUGUUUACAAAUUUCGCAAAUUCAGGAAAUUUGCAAAAAUAUCAGCCAGUUUUACGAAUCACUUAGACACUCCAUUAUAGUCCAGAAAGGAUAAACGUAAUUAGCUUUUGCACUUCUGUUUUUGGCAAUUUACAAUCUUUGUGGUGAAACAUCUGGAAUCAACAGUUUAUGAACUUUUUGACCCACAUAUGUAUCAACGUAUAUGAAGGGGAUUGUACUGUACUUCAGUCUGUCUGAAACACUUAAUGGUACAGCUAUAACUUUUUAACUUUUCAACAAUGAAUCUUUACACAUAUGUCAAGUUUGAUGUGUAGCAAGCUAAAUCAGGUCUCUGCCUCAAGGGUCAAGGUCAAAGGCAAGGACCCUUAACUUACAGGCAAGAAGCCUAGCAAUAGCCCCUAACUUACAGGCAAGGACCCUAGCUAUAGGCCCUUAAUUACAGUCAAAGACCCUAGCAAAAGUCCCUAACUUACAGUUAAGGGCAUUUCACUUCAGGGACAAACCACAUUUGAUGCCUCUUGUCUGGAAAACAGAUGCCAUGUAUGAGAAAAGCGUGUAUUGAUAUACCGGUACAGUUAAGGAAAAAAUAAACUAGAAAUGGAUUGAACACAAAAAUGAUGUAGGUUGUCUUAUUAAACAAAAAAAUCCCAUACUAGAUGGUCCUGUUUAUAAUGAUGACUUGCAUAUUAAUCAGACAAUAUAAACUCCCUUUUAACCAGAAAUAUAUGCAAACAGUUAUUUAAAGUUUCCAGUGCAAUCUUAUUUUUAUCAUUUAAUUAAACAGCAACUGUUGGAAGGCAGCUUUGUUUUGUUAAAAAUUGCCAAUUGCUUUGACACCGAAGCAUUGAAUGAGCCAGUACACAUCUUCAAACUGCUUUGAGUAGACAAUCUUAUGUGAACUACUUCUAAUAUCAGGAAUGAAUGAACAGACUGCAUUAGAAAAAUUGUGUUGUAUGCAGUUGAAGUUUGGUCAAAAUUAUAAGAUAAUCUAAAAAUUGUACGGUAUUGUUGCAUUAUAUUACAGUAUAUAGAAUUCAUAGCGAUGGAAUUCAGCUAAAUAUGUACUAUGUAGAUCAGGUCUUGUAAAAACUGUCUUGUGAUAGACUUUUAGAUAGUUGAGCUGCGCCAUGAGAAAACCAACAUAGUGCGUUUACGACCAGGAUGGAUCCUGACUGCUCAGUCUGAUCAGGAUCCAUGCUGUUCGCUAACGGUUUCUUUAAUUGCAAUAGGCUUUGAAAGCGAACAGCAUGGAUCCUGACCAGACUGCGUGGAUGCGCAGGCUGGUUUGGAUCCAUGCUGGUCGCAAACGCACUAUGUUGGUUUUUUCAUGGCGUGGCUCAUUUGAGGAAACUUCAGAUUAUUUGGUUGAUGUAAAUAUUAGCUUUUAAAUUUUUGUUACAAAAGAAUUACAUGAACAUGUUAUGGUGAAAUUGUUUUCUUGUCUAAAGUUUACUCUGUGUUGUAUAUUAUUAUUAAUAUAAUUGCAGUGUCAUAGGAAUAAGAAUCAGGGCUUUUUCAGGGGGUUUUAGGAAAAAGGCCCCUGGUCAUAUUGGGAAUUUUUAACGUGGUAAAUUGUCAAAUUUGGGAAAAUAUACUGACAAAUUAAGUGAGUUUUUAAUUAAUAUAUAUUAGUUUAAAUCUUCAGUUUCAAAUUUUACUGGUAGACAGUAUCCCCUUGUGAAAUUUUGAGAAUUUUUUUUCUCAGGACUGUGUUCCAAUAUUGCCUAAAAAUACAGUAACUCUUUAUUUGUCAUGCUAAAAUUUUUGUUUACAGUUUGUUUUCACCAAAGUUAUAACUGAAAUUAUCAAAAAAGUAGACUGGCAAAGUGCCUGUAUUUUCGAGUGUAAAAACUGGGUUGCGAAAAUAUCUGACAAUUGAUUUUAAUGGUAUAAGAACUACCUGUCAACAUGUUUUGGGUACUUUAUUCAAUUAAUAUUUGUGUUUUUAUGCAUUUUGAGAGGUUUUUGCAUACAAAUCAUACAUUUCUUCAGCAAAAUCUUGUAAUUAUUUUUUGCCGAGGUUGCAGACAGUCAUGUUCGAAAAAUAGAAACAAGUUGGUUUUUCCAACAUUUUGUUUGAUUUACUUGGCAAACAAAACUAAGUGUGCAAGAAUUAUUAUUGAAAAACAGAAUGUAACUGAUUUCAAUUGGGAAAUAACUGAAAUUCAAUUGGGAAAUUUUUCAUUGGAUUGGGAAUUUUUUGCUCCAGAUUGGGAAAAAUAGAGCACAUUUUGCAUUGGCAAUGGGGCCGAAUAUCGGCCCCGUGAGAUAGGGUGAAAAAGCCCUGAGAAUCAUACUCUGGAAAGCAUUAGUCACGUAUGAUAGCGAGAAUUUAGCUGUAUUUUGAUAUUGUUCUUCCUAUAAUAACUACUUAAAUACUGAUUUAUCAUUUUUAGCUCGACUAUUCAUAGAAUAGUAGAGCUAUUGGACUCGCCCAUGCGUCGGCGUCCGCGUCCGCAUCCGCGUCCCGAUUUGGUUAAGUUUUUGUAUGUAAGCUGGUAUCUCAGCAACCACUUGUGGGAAUGGAUUGAAACUUCACACACUUAUUCACUGUGAUAAACUGACUUACAUUGCACAGGUUCCAUAACUCUGUUUUGCUUUUUUACAAAAUUAAGCCCCUUUUUUGACUUAAAAAUUUUUGGUUAAGGUUUUGUAUGUAAGCUGAUAUCUCAGUAACCACUUGUGGGAAUGGAUUGAAACUUCACACACUUAUUUACUGUGAUAAACUGACUUACAUUGCACAGGUUCCAUAACUCUAUUUUGCUUUUUUACAAAAUUAUGCCCCUUUUUUGACUUAAAAAAUUUUGGUUAAGGUUUUGUAUGUAAGCUGGUAUCUCAGUACUCACUAAUGGGAAUGGAUUGAAACUUCACACACUUGUUCACUGUCAUGAUCUGACAUGCACAAAGCAGGUCCCAUAACUUUAUUUUGCUUUUUUACAAAAUUAUGCCCCUUUUUCAGCAUAGAAAUUUUUGGUUAAGUUUUUGUAUGUAAGCUGGUAUCUCAGUAUCCACUAAUGGGAAAGGAUUGAAACUUCACACACUAGUUCACUGUCAUGAUAUGACAUGCAGUGCAAAGGGUCAAUAACUCAACUUUGCAUUUUACAAAAUUA